UGGCUGAUGUUUGGAUAAAAACAACGAGGUUUAACGUCUAAAUUCGUUAAUAAUAUAGCAUAACAGAGAUUGGACACAACAGCGAGCGGUGAUUUGCAUUGAUAGGCUUUUUUUUGUAAGAGUGCCUAUAAUUUUUUCAAUUUGUAUUAUCGCAGUUUAUUUAUAGGAUUUCUAGCGUGAUGUUUAAAAUUUGUUAAAGAAAAGUAUGGCUACGAAAAUUUUGGGCGAUAUCCAUAAGGACUUAAAACUACUCAUUACAAAUAUCACCGGUUUUGAGGAAUCGGACGAGGGUUUUCGUGUAUGCGAACGAUUCGUCCUGUCAAAUAUCAAACAUCAUCGAUACCUUUCUGUCAACGGGCAAGAGACAAAACGAAAUCUUGAUGAUGUCAGUAAGAAAUUGUCUAUCCAUGGAAAAUACAAAGUAGCUGAAAAGUUCAACCAACUCGUUGAUUCAUUUCUAACGAGUUUUGACUUUGAGGCACAUCCUCAGUACGACUUGCAAUGGUCGUUAUUAUGUUUGUUGUUGAAUUUAUCAAAUGAGACAAACAAGUCAAAUUUAAAUUGUCUGAAAGCAUCAAAAGGCGAUCCAUGUUUGAACUUAACUCUUGCAAAGGAAAUUGAAGUCCCUGAGGAAAUUGACUGGGGUCAGUAUCUGAAGGAAGGUCAGACUGAAUUUUUCGACAAUUAUGACAGCAGUAGUGAGAGCGAAUGGUCGGACCGAGAGGAUGAAGAAUUACCAGAGGCAACCGAAGAGGAAAAAGUAUCAACGGAUACAGGAUCUUUCACGAGCCUGUUGCCUGUGAAAAAAACGCAAAGUAGCUUGGACAAACUGUCAACGUGUAUAGCAAACAGAGUGAACUCUCGAAAAUGGCUCGAUAAAAAUGUACAAAACACAUGGUGGAAGGAAUUGCCAUGGCACUGUGCCGAUACGGACAGUCAAUUUUUACCUGCUCACCUUUGUGAUUUGUGGAACAGGAGUAAUUUCAGUACAGAAUUCACGGGUACUCUAACAGAAUACCAGGCUAGCAGAGAAAUUCUUUGGAUGUUCCAUGUGCCAUCGCAAAUGGUAGUUUUCCAACAAAAUCCUGAAAUGAAUUUCCAUGUUUGCAAAAAUAUUUCAAUACCAAGUCUGACACCGAACGCUUUCAGCAGUAUUCUCUCGCAGUACUGUGAUUACUACAGAAUGAUUAACGAGAUUGAUCAGUUCGGAAAAGAAUUGUAUCAACGAUACGAUGUAUCGAGCUCCGAUAAACUGCCUCCGCUCACGUACGAGGAAUACAAUGCGGCCGUUUCAGAAUAUCUUGUCGAAAUAAGAUUGCAGCUACUAGAAAUUGAAAGGAAAAUCAUGAAACAGGACGACUGCCACACAUUCCUCACAUUGUCGCAAGACUUGGAAAAGUACAUGAAAAGUGUAAAAAUGAUCUACGAAAUCCACAAAUUGGUAAUAACCGAUUGGAAAGAGUCACCGAACUGGAAAUGCACUACGAAAUUGCUAUCUGGACUUUAUCGACAGGUGCAAAAUUCCAGUAGUCGAGAACGAACGAAUCUCUGCGCCAGUCUUUAUUUGUCGAGUUUAACAGUUUAUUUGAACAUCAUAGCAACUUGGCUCAGCGAGGGUAGACUCGAGGAUUGGAGAUCAGAGUUUUUCAUAGCAAGAACGGCAGACAUAACUUAUCAAUUCGGUAUAUCAGGACCUAUAGAUACGACAGAAAAUUACGAAAAAGGUGAAAGCUUCGCGAUACGCGAGUUGCAGGACGAUUGCUCAGUUGAUCCGGUCAUAAUUCUUUUGUGUCGUAAAGUUAAACACAUGGGACGAAGCAUCGACUUGCUUGUUACACUGGAUCGCAUGGCGGACAUGUGGAAAAUGAAUGCUGAACGUGAUUCUCCGAGAAUAUCGUUAAAUGACGAGUUCCUGAACGAGAUAACGCGAGAAUUCUCAAAAUACAAUAUUCCGGAUUCCUUGGACACGACAGACGCGCUUAUUACACCGUUCGAAGCGAAAGCGUCGAUACAGAAAAUACAGAGAAUCGACGUCGACAUCGACGACAACAUAAAUCAACAAAUAUUGAAAAUGGACAACCCAUUUUUGAUGAAAGCGUUUGAAAAUUAUUUACCCACCGAAUUGUAUCCCCAGAACGACACUGUCGAUGCUCAAGAUCAAAAUGAAGUUCGCACCAUCGGAUGGGGCAGAAAUAUUUUUCAGACACUCGAAACGAUUUCACCAACAGCCGUUUUACCUUUUCGAAAAGUCUUUGAAAAUACUCUGGAAAAAGUUCUCGAACAGCGUUACAACUGCGCUAGCAAAUUGGUCAAAGAUAUUCUAGUCAAGGAGUACAAACUCGAGGCUCAACUGAAACUCAUGAGAUCGGUUUACAUGAUGGAACGAGGUCACAUAAUGACGCAGUUUUAUAAUCUCAUGUUCAAAGAGAUCGAAACGUCGUCAACGUGGAAUAAUGCAUAUUCCUUAACGUGCAUUCUUCAAGAAGUAUUGUCACAAGAAUGGCCGGAUUCGAGUGCCCGCUGGUCCAUUAAUGUCGAGGGAAUUCGAACUCAUCAAGUUUUGCAAGCAGCCGAUCGCAUAACUCUCAAUUACUCGAUUGGUUGGCCGAUCAAUAUGAUUCUGAAUGAAGAUUCUUUCUCGAAAUACAACGCGGUAUUCCGCUUUCAAUUAAAAUUGAAAUGGGCGUUGUGGACGCUGAACAAUUUGCGAUUUUGGGAUCUCGAGGAAAAAGACUCGACGGCGAUGGAGGAUAAGAUACAACAUUUUUAUGCGAGAAGACUUGAGAGCUUGAGGUUUUGGCUCAUGCACGCAAUUGGUUCUAUUCACGCGUAUUUAGCUGGUCAAGUGUUACAAAGUUUCGGUAUCGCUCUCGAAAAAGUUUUGGCCCAUGCUGAUAGUUUAGAUACAAUUAUAACAGCACACAACGAGUAUUUGGAACAGGUCCAUGAACAUUGUCUGCAAACCAGCGAAUUUGAGAGUUUGAUGGCAACAAUUCACAACCUGCUGAGUAUGUGCGUCCACGUACGGGAUAGAUGGAAACGCGGUGCGUCACUUCUGGUAGCAAAGGAUCUCGAUCUUAUGGAAAAAAGUUAUACGAAGUAUCACAGUUACAUUGCACUGGCUCUGCACAACGCUGUACAAAAUAAGGACGCGGAUUACUGUAAGUCGGAGAUUACGGUGACGAUUAUGAAUUUACGCGACAUAUUUCAAUCCAAUGUACCUACUUUUGGUACUUGAUCGGAAUAAUUAUUCAAUCAUUUGAUUCACUCCCGCAUAAAUCCCGAUUGUACGUCAUCCCCUUUCACUUGAUUUUCAAUUGCGGCCAUAAAAGAUAACAGUACUAAGAACGCAGUACAAUUUCUCUGCUUCCCUUUUAACUCUAUGACUUAAUGCAAAACCAAGAUCUCGAUGAACUUUUUCUUUUUAUAAUUUAUCGUAUAUCGAAUGAAUUAUAAUUUAUUUCUAUUGAGAAAUAAUUUGACUUUUUGAAAGAGGAUUACAUUGAAAAGAAUCUCGAAGAUUGUUUCUUCUUCAAAUUAUAUUAAUGUAUUCAAAUCGCAUGACGUAGCAAUGACAAUUAAUUCGAAUUCCGUUGAGAAUGGGAGAAGCAAAUAAUUUGAAUAUUGAAUGAUCCAAUGAAAAUGAUUUAUAUACAGAAUUAUUUCACAAUAAUCGGGUUGCAUCAGCUAUUCGAAAUAACGGAGUUAUCGAAGAACAAAAAAAAUAGUGCACAGAAUUGAAGUAAUGUAAAAAAAACGCAUGAUGUGCAAUAUAAUAUCUAGAGCAUUGCAAAAACACGCCCUUUUUUUUCUUUUUUUUCUUUACAGUGACUGGCUUGAGAUCCGCUUUUAACUGCAGUAUGCCGUGCACCUAACUCUCAUCGAUUAAUAACAUAUUUGUAAAUAAUACAUGAUUCGUGUAAAAAAAUAAUAUUCAAGAGGGAGAGAGAUAACAAUUUCCGAAAAAUAUUGCUUCUCUCGUAGGAUUAAAAAUCAUUAAUAAAUAAUUAAGUCAUAAAACUCUUACAAUGUUAAUGAAUAAAUCGUUUUUAUCAAA